CAAUCUUUUAUCUCUUGAUGUAUGCCUAAUUUAGGUUUAAUUUGUUUAAAUCUUGUUGUCUUGUAUUUUUUUGGUUAUAAUCUUGUUGUCUUGUAUGUUUAAGUAUUUAACCUGCAUAUAGCCUUUAUAUAUUUUGGCUAUAACUAAUUCUAUAUUUUUCCCCUCUUUUUUGCAGCGUUAUGUUGACUUUGGAUUAUAGCUUAUAGGCGCUGAUCUUAUGUCAAUACUUGGCCUUUACAAAUUUGUUCAGGGAAACUUGGUGGAACAAAAGGAUUUGCGAAGGAAGGCUCACUGCUAGUACUAGUAUAGAGAAAAACAGAAGGCUUUUUUUCUGUAAAUUUCUGGUCAUGGCUCCAUCUGCAAGCACAUCGAAAGUUGCUAGAUCUAUAGCCUUAAGGAUAAAGGCGGUGCAGAUGAAACGUAGUAGAAAAACCGUAUCUGAACCACCUAUUACUUCUCCAAAUCGUAAACCUGCUACCCCCAAGAAAGCUGAAGCAAGACUGACAGAAGCCAACAAGGCUACCCUCCCUAGGAGAAGUCCGCGAAAACAUAAAGCUACUCAGUCCAGCAAGGAUGCGUCCGCCAGGAGAAGUAUGCCACCGCCUAAAGCAGGAAAUUCCAAGAAGGCUGUGGCAGCAAAGAAGUCAUCGUCCGGUCAUAAGUCUGCAAAGAGCAAGUCAUCAGAGGAUUCGGAUGAUGAUGAUGAUAACAUCACUGGUGGAUUGAGGUUGCUUAAGCGAGGGAUGGUAACCAUGAAUAAAAUUACUAGGCGACUGAUUCGAGGAAAGAAGCUAAAGGUGAAUUCUAAUGCUGAUGGGGAGCCAAUUGGGAAGGCAGCUAAGGAGAUGCAGUCAUACAUUGGGGUGUUGGCACGCACCAAGAUCCCAAUAUCUAUAAAUGAUUGGAGAAAUGUGCCUUUGGAUGAAAAAGACAAGAUUUGGAAUAGUAUUCAGGAUGCUUAUGUGGUGCCAAAAGAAUGGAAGAAAUUGGUGAUUACAUCAGCCGACCAUAAAUGGAGAGAGUUCAAGAGCAAACUAACGAACUGGUACAUUAUUCCCUAUCUGGAUUCUCCUGAACUUUUACAGUUCCCUCCAGAUGAUUAUCGAUCCAUUAAGGUAUCUGAAUGGAAUACGUUCGUGGCUGAUAGAACUUCACAACAAUUUCAGGUACUCCGUGAAAAGCAGAAAAAAAAUAGGAAGGAGAAUAAGUAUCCUCAUCGAAUGUCACUGAAAGGAUAUGCUAACUUCCAAGAAGAACUGGCUGAAAAAAUACCGAUUGAAGAAUUGGAUCUUGCUACGAUGUGGAUAAAGGCCCGGCAAGACAAGAGCGGCAACUUCAAAGGGCCAGCAGUGAAGAAGAAGGUCGAAAAAAUUGAAAGUUUGAAGAGGAAAGUGUUUGAAGGAGAAAUCAACCCUGAAGGAACAGAUGAUGUUCUGACUUUGGCGUUGGGAAAUCCUGAGUAUCCUGGUAGGGUACGUGGUGUUGGUGGCUUCGUCAAGCCUUCGGCAUAUUUUCAUCUACCUAAACGCCAAAUGCUAAAUGUAGAAGAUAGUGUCAGGGUAAGUGUUAAGAAGAUACUAGCAGAAGAGAAAGAAAAUAUCAUUGCUCAGGAAAGAGCCAAAUGGGAGUUGGAGAUGGAGCAACAAAUUGCUAGGGAAAGAGCCGCUUGGGAGGAAAGGUUUCAGAAGUUAGAAGCGAUGGUUAAUGGGAAAGAGAUGCCAGCUGACUCACCCAAACCUGUGACACCGCUAGUUUGA